AUGGCGUCCUUCCUCGAAAACACAUACAGUCUGGUCCACCAGGACAACACGGCGGACCAGCCAACUGUGCAAGAGCUGAAACUUCAGCUGGAGAAAGGAACGGAUGAGUCCAAGUUGGAAACAAUGCGCACCAUUAUCACGAUCAUGCUCAAUGGUGACCCCAUGCCUGCGAUCCUGAUGCAUAUCAUUCGCUUUGUCAUGCCAUCGAAGAGCAAGGCCCUCAAGAAAUUGCUGUAUUUCUACUAUGAGAUCUGCCCUAAACUCGACUCGAAUGGCAAGCUGAAGCAGGAAAUGAUCUUGGUCUGUAACGGUAUUCGGAACGACUUGCAACACCCCAACGAAUAUGUUCGGGGUAACACUCUCCGCUUCCUCUGCAAGCUGCGUGAGCCCGAGCUGAUCGAGCCCCUCCUUUCCUCGGCUCGCCAAUGCCUCGAGCACCGUCAUGCCUAUGUGCGCAAGAACGCCGUGUGGGCUGUUGCGUCUAUCUUCCAACACUCCGAAUCCCUCAUUCCCGACGCCCCCGAGCUUCUACAAACAUUCCUCGAGUCGGAGACCGAUGGCACCUGCAAGCGCAACGCUUUUGCAGCGCUCAUGUCAAUUAGCCACCAGAAGGCCCUCGAAUACCUCCGCACUACCUUCGAUACCAUCCCCAACACCGAUGAGCUGCUCCAGCUGGCUGAGUUGGAAUUCUUGCGUAAAGAUGCUGUGCAAAACCCCCAAAACAAGUCUCGGUAUCUCAAACUCAUGCUCGAGCUCCUUGAUGCCCCUACCAGCACCGUUGUCUACGAAGCCGCUACGUCCCUCACUGCCCUAACCAGCAACCCCGUCGCCGUGAAGGCCUCUGCCAGCAAAUUGAUCGAACUCGCCAUCCGGGAGGCCGACAACAACGUCAAGCUUAUUGUGCUGGACCGUGUCGACCAGUUGAGAAUCCGCAACGAGGGUGUCUUGGAUGACUUGACUAUGGAGAUUCUGCGUGUGCUUUCCAGCCCGGACAUUGAUAUUCGGAGGAAGGCUCUCGGUAUUGCCCUGGAGAUGGUUUCCAGCAAGAACGUCGAGGAAAUCGUCAUGCUACUCAAGAAGGAGCUCGCCAAGACCGUGGAUGAGCAGUACGAACAGAACAAUGAAUACCGCCAACUCCUGGUGCAGUCAAUACACACCUGCGCCAUCAAGUUCUCCGAAAUUGCUGCCAGUGUUGUCGAUCUCUUGAUGGACUUUAUUGCCGACUUCAGCAACACCUCAGCUGUGGAUGUUUUGACUUUCGUGAAGGAAGUUGUGGAAAACGAGGUUCGAGCAGGAAAGGUCUACCGCGGCGUCCUCUGGGUUGUUGGAGAGUACUCCUUGGAGGAGAAGGACAUUCGAGAAGCAUGGAAGAAGAUUCGGGCCAGUCUUGGUGAAAUCCCUAUUUUGGCUUCUGAGCAGCGGCUUUUGGAAGAGGUUCCGGACGACACCGUGCUCCUCAUGGAACAGGCGAAUGGUGCCAAGGCUGCUCCUACCGGAUCCCGAAAGGUAUUGGCUGAUGGCACAUAUGCCACCGAGAGUGCUCUUACCAGCCAAUCCGCCGCCGCCGCUCGUCUUGAGGCUGUCAAGGCCGCUCAAAAGCCGCCACUGCGUCAACUCAUUCUGGACGGCGACUACUACCUCUCCACCGUUCUCUCCUCGACCCUCACCAAGCUUGUCAUGCGCCACUCCGAGGUUUCCCAGGAUGCCGCUCGUACUAACGCUCUCCGCGCCGAGGCCAUGCUUAUCAUGAUCUCCAUUAUGCGUGUUGGUCAAUCGCAAUUUGUCAAGGCCCCCAUCGACGAGGACUCUGUUGACCGCGUUAUGACCUGUGUUCGAUCCUUGGCUGAGUUCUCUGAGAAGAAGGAUCUCGAGGCUACCUUCCUGGAGGAUACUCGUAAGGCAUUCCGCGCUAUGGUUCAAGUCGAGGACAAGAAGCGCGCUGCUCAGGAGGCUGUGGAGAAGGCCAAGACUGCUGUGCAGAUCGAUGAUGCUAUUCCCAUCCGGCAAUUCACCAAGAAGAACACUGUCGAGGGUGCCGAGGAGAUCGAAUUGGAUCUGGUCAAGGCCACAGGUGGAGACGCCACGGUGGAGAGUGCCGCUUCUAAAUUGAGCCGGGUUGUGCAACUCACCGGUUUCUCCGAUUCAGUCUAUGCUGAAGCCUACGUGACUGUCCACCAGUUUGACAUCGUUCUUGACGUGCUGCUCGUGAACCAGACCACUGAGACCCUGCAGAACUUGUCUGUGGAGUUUGCCACCCUGGGCGAUCUCAAGGUUGUCGAGCGUCCUUCCACCCACAACUUGGGCCCGCGUGACUUCCUGAACGUCUCAGCUACGGUCAAGGUAUCAUCCACCGACACUGGAGUGAUCUUCGGCAACAUUGUCUACGAUGGCCCCAGCUCCACCGAGACCCACGUGGUCAUUCUCAACGACAUCCACGCCGAUAUCAUGGACUAUAUUCAACCUGCCCACUGCACUGAAACCCAGUUCCGUUCUAUGUGGACCGAGUUUGAGUGGGAGAACAAGGUUAACAUCAACUCCAAGGCCAAGACUUUGCGUGAAUUCCUGAAGCAACUGAUGGAGAGCACCAACAUGGCAUGCUUGACCCCCGAGGCGUCGCUGAAGGGUGACUGUCGAUUCCUGAGCGCCAAUCUUUACGCCCGGAGUGUAUUCGGCGAGGACGCUCUGGCGAACUUGAGCAUCGAAAAGGAGGGCGAUGAUGGUCCGGUCACCGGUUUCGUUAGGAUUAGAAGUCGCUCUCAAGGCCUGGCGCUAAGCCUGGGCUCUUUGAAGGGCCUCAAGGCGGCGGCAGCAUAA